GUCUGGUUCGGAAGAUAAAACAGUGCGGCUGUGGGACGCAGCGACGGGACAGCCAUUGGGUGAGCCCUUGCAGGGGCACGCUGGUGUGGUUAGAUCAGUCUCAUUCUCACCAGACGGUACUCGCAUCGUGUCUGGUUCGGAGGAUAACACUGUACGGCUAUGGAAUGCAGUGAAAGUGCAACCAUCCCCCGAGUCAAGAGAGCUAGACUCCUUCGCAUCUCCGCUGCAUCGAAGCACCGCACCUCUAGCCCAAGAAAGCUGUAUCAUGCCAACCAACAGUUUGAACAAUCGCCUCAUUUCCUUCUCAUCCAGCCUGGAACACGCUCUGUCCAACCCCACUGACUUGCUCAAACCCAGCUCUCGUCAUCGUUCUGAUUCAAUCUCUUUCUUGCUGCAGGCUGAUGGAUGGGUGAUGGGACCCAAUCAUCAGCUCCUUUUCUGGGUACCUCCAGCUUCACGAAAUCUAUUUUAUUCUCCUGACACUGUAAUGGUAAUCCCAAGAGGAGGCCCUGAGCUUGAUUUGAGCCUUAUGGCACAUGGGACACGCUGGUCGAGUUGUCGAGAUGCCCCCUCGUAGUGAUCAUUUCAUUGUUGCAAUAUCGAGCGUACCAUUUGAUUCUUUGAUUCCUUAUCAAUUUUAUACCUAGCACCGAGUCUGAAUUCACAGUUUGUCCGACUGAA